UCCUCCCACCAGCCUGCUCUGAUAGUGACGGAGGGAUGACGGAGGGAUGAUGGAGGGAUGACGGAGGAAAGAAAACAACUAUAAAGAGAUACACUUGUGCAUCAGACAGUAUGUCUCUCUGACUCGACAAAGUCCUCCAGUACGUCACAAUGUCUGUCAAUGCCAUACUGUAUAUCAGCUAGCCAAUUAUCCUCACACUAACAUCCACAGUCAAUAGCAUUCUAUGGUUGCAUCUGAAAUGGCACCCUAUUCCCUAUGUAGUGCAUUACUUUGAACAGGGCUCUGGUUAAAGUAGUGCACUAUAGGGAAUGGAGUGCCAUUUUGGACGUAACCUAUGACCCUCUACGAUCCCCCUGUCAGGACCAACCAUUACAUCCACUGCGCCCUGCAUAGGCUAUUAUGCUGAGUCUGGGGAGUAAAUUAGCUUUCCCUCUUUAGAAGUGAGAUAUUGUUCUACUCUUUUGCCUUAUUUUCUGUCCCUUUAGCAGGAAGGAGCAGCGGUUGUUUCUUUAAGGAUCGAUAUUGUAUUGCAGUGAGAGAUGUGUUGAGGUAAAAGGGGUAAAAAGUUGUGCUGAAUGCAUUAUUAAGUCUUAGAUUUAUUGGUCACUUUUAUUUCUCCAGUGUGUUGUUCCCUCUCCGUUGAGAGACAGGAAAGGUUAGUGGUUUAAUUGACUGAUUGAGGCUGCAGCGCUCGCAGUACGACCAACAGGACGGUGGGCUGGACUGCCCUCCGGUGGACAAUCUAUCCCACUGCAACCAAUGGAAUGUAGGUCCUGUUUGAAUACUUAAAAUUGCCUUCUUCCUCCCUUCCUUGAAUUCACUUAUUAUGCUUGGUGCUUAUGCACCAAUUGAUCAUAUAUUUCAUGAGGGAGGGAGGGAUGCAUGUUAAAGGUUUCAUUUUAUUAUUAGCAGUAGCGGUUUUGCUUCUUCAUAACAGUUUUGUCAUGAAAGGAAUUUGCUUGUUGACUUAGGUAGCCAUGGUUAUAAAAUCCUCCCAUUCACUGCUGAUACGAUUAAUUUGCAUAGCUGUAGAUAUUGACGUCUCCAUGGAAACGGAAAAGGAAUAACGUCAUCCACUUUGGCAGCCUCUGACCACAUCUAUUUUAACACAGAGGGAUGUUAAACAUCAAUAAAUACAUGAAAACAAAGUGACUAGAGACCCUGAAUCUGCUUGAUUCACUCUAAAAUGUGACUUCUGCUUUAUCCCAACCCCUCCGAAAGACACGUAUAGGCCUACAGGUUGAAGAGGUUGGAGCAGGGGGCUGCCACACUGGGCACCCAUGGAGCAGCUGUUGUGGAUUGCUCAAUAGCACAACGGAAGACAACGGCAUCUAGGAUUUGAUACCAGCAAUCUUCCGGUGAGUCAAAAGCAGCCCCGAAUCAGGAAGUAGGAUGCCGUGACAGACAUUAGUAGGCAGAAGGAAAUGGGCACCACCACCACACAAUGUCACCAUGUCUGCUGCUGCCCCUGUCCAUGGUAACACAAGGACGAGAGGGAGGAGAGGCCACAGGGAAAUGACCCCAUCGUCGAUCAUGUUGCUGCUGGCUCUGACAGCCUGCCUGGCAGGGACUGUGUUCUGCCAGGUUGAUGAGGACACAAAGACUGUUGAAGAAACACAAACAGAAAAUGAUGCUGGGUUCUCAGUGAUCCCAACUGUAAGUGACGCUACCCCUACACCAGACUCAUACCUAUCAUCUGAGAGUCCUUCAGAGGGAUAUGAGACUGAAGCUGAAUCUGGUUCUGGAUUCAGUCCAGGUGUCAAUUCAGAAGGGGAGGAUCAGCUCAAAUCCUCUGAAGCACCACUGGAGGACAGUCUGAGUCUCACCUUCAUCCUGGUUCCUGUUGUGCUGGUGGUCGUGAUAAUCGCCAUGGUAGUGGGCGUAGUCAUAAUCAACCGCAGAUGGAAUCGGAAAGAAAAGAGCAAUUGUGAUCAUGUAGAAGAGGAUAAAUAUUUGCAUGGUAGCGAUGACACAGAAAACGUUCCAAUGCCCAUGUUUGAGGAUGAUGUCCCCUCUGUGUUGGAGCUGGAGAUGGAAGACCUGGAACAGUGGAUGAAUAAAGAUGGUGGAGUUCGAAUGGACUCUGGACAAGGGAUCUAACAUGAGAUCAUGGCUAGUCCCUAAAGAGUCAUGGAGUCAGUCAAUUCUCUCUCCCAACCGUCCUCUUGCUGUACUGCCGGUGACAAAGGACAUUUCCCCAUCGCAGGGAAGGACAGUCUGUUACCCAGCAGCACUGCAGGCUUCUUCUAUUCAUGUCAAUGUCAAGGCAACGUCAUCAACCGACCACAUUGACAACGAGAAAGCAACACCUCCACCAAGGUGACUGCAAAAAACAGGAAAUGCUGAAUUUAUUUUCCAUUUCAGCAUAAACAAAAGACAAGUAACAAUAAAUGCACAAGUUAAACGUUCUUAGAACGUAACAUCUUAAAAUCUGCGCACUCCACCGUCAAUUGUACUGUGGUAUAGACUCUAUGGAGAAACAGUGUGUGGCAAUAGUCCUUUCACUACACGGAUCCUGAUUGUGGUAGGCCUAAUAAUGAAUGCUUUUUGCAACGCCAUCAACUCAGUACAGUGGCUUUUUAGUCAUUGUUUCAAGUUCAUAUACACUUUUUAUGUGAUUGUUUUAUUGGCUUUUGUAUUCAGAAUGUCAUGCAGUGAGAGAGGAAGGAGUAAAACACAGGAGGUUGGUGGCACCUUAAUUGAGGAGGAUGGGCUCGGGGUAAUGGCUGGAGCAGAAUGAGUGGAAUGCUAUCAAAUACAUCAGACACUUGGUUUCCAUGCGUUUGAUGCCGUUCCAUUCGCUCCGUUCCAGCCAUUAUUAUGAGCUGUCCUCCCUUCAGCAGCCUCCUGUGGAGUAAAACGUAUAAAACUAUUGCUGAAAGCAGGUGUCGGUAGCCAUGUUCUGACACCCAGACAACAAUAUCAGAACUUGACCUCCAAAGAUCCUACAGGCCCUCCCCUUUACAACAUAAACACAUAUUCCAUGCCCACAGUAAAGCCAUACCAGAUGGUAUAUAGUCUUAUUCCAACAGCCAACUAACCCAGUCCCAUGAUAGAUAUGAUGGCUCUAACCCAGUCCCAUGACAGAUAUGAUGGCUUUAACCCAGUCCCAUGUCAGAUAUGAUGGCUCUAACCCAGUCCCAUGAUAGAUAUGAUGACUCUAACCCAGUCCCAUGAUAGAUAUGAUGGCUCUAACCCAGUCCCAUGAUAGAUAUGAUGGCUCUAACCCAGUCCCAUGACAGAUAUGAUGGCUCUAACCCAGUCCCAUGAUAGAUAUGAUGGCUUUAACCCAGUCCCAUGAUAGAUAUGAUGGCUCUAACCCAGUCCCAUGAUAGAUAUGAUGGCUUUAAUUAACCCAGUCCCAUGAUAGAUAUGAUGGCUUUAAUUAACCCAGUCCCAUGAUAGAUAUGAUGGCUUUAAUUAACCCAGUCCCAUGAUAGAUAUGAUGGCUUUAAUUAACCCAGUCCCAUGAUAGAUAUGAUGGCUCUAACUCAGUCCCAUGACAGAUUUGAUGGCUCUAACCCAGUCCCAUGAUAGAUAUGAUGGCUCUAACUCAGUCCCAUGAUAGAUAUGAUGGCUCUAACCCAGUCCCAUGAUAGAUAUGAUGGCUCUAACCCAGUCCCAUGAUAGAUAUGAUGACUUUAACCCAGUCCCAUGAUAGAUAUGAUGGCUCUAACCCAGUCCCAUGAUAGAUAUGAUGGCUUUAACCCAGUCCCGUGAUAGAUAUGAUGGCUCUAACCCAGUCCCGUGAUAGAUAUGAUGGCUCUAACCCAGUCCCAUGAUAGAUAUGAUGGCUUUAAUUAACCCAGUCCCAUGAUUGAUAUGAUGGCUUUAAUUAACCCAGUCCCAUGAUAGAUAUGAUGGCUUUAAUUAACCCAGUCCCAUGAUAGAUAUGAUGGCUCUAACUCAGUCCCAUGAUAGAUAUGAUGGCUCUAACCCAGUCCCAUGAUAGAUAUGAUGGCUUUAAUUAACCCAGUCCCAUGAUAGAUAUGAUGGCUCUAACCCAGUCCCGUGAUAGAUAUGAUGGCUCUAACCCAGUCCCAUGAUAGAUAUGAUGGCUCUAACUCAGUCCCAUGAUAGAUAUGAUGGCUUUAACCCAGUCCCAAGAAAGACAUGAUGGCUCUAACUCAGUCCCAUGAUAGAUAUGAUGGCUCUAACCCAGUCCCAUGAUAGAUAUGAUGGCUCUAACCCAGUCUCAUGAUAGACAUGAUGGCUCUAACUCAGUCCCAUGAUAGAUAUGAUGGCUCUAACUCAGUCCCAUGAUAGAUAUGAUGGCUUUAACCCAGUCCCAUGAUAGAUAUGAUGGCUCUAACCCAGUCUCAUGAUAGAUAUGAUGGCUCUAACCCAGUCCCAUGAUAGAUAUGAUGGCUCUAAGCCAGUCUCAUGAUAGAUAUGAUGGCUCUAACCCAGUCUCAUGAUAGAUAUGAUGGCUCUAACCCAGUCCCAUGAUAGAUAUGAUGGCUUUAACCCAGUCCCAUGAUAGAUAUGAUGGCUCUAACCCAGUCUCAUGAUAGAUAUGAUGGCUCUAACCCAGUCCCAUGAUAGAUAUGAUGGCUCUAACCCAGUCCCAUGAUAGAUAUGAUGGCUCUAACCCAGUCCCAUGACAGAUAUGAUGGCUCUAACCCAGUCCCAUGAUAGAUAUGAUGGCUUUAACCCAGUCCCAUGAUAGAUAUGAUGGCUCUAACCCAGUCCCAUGAUAGAUAUGAUGGCUUUAAUUAACCCAGUCCCAUGAUAGAUAUGAUGGCUUUAAUUAACCCAGUCCCAUGAUAGAUAUGAUGGCUUUAAUUAACCCAGUCCCAUGAUAGAUAUGAUGGCUCUAACUCAGUCCCAUGACAGAUAUGAUGGCUCUAACCCAGUCCCAAGAUAGAUAUGAUGGCUCUAACUCAGUCCCAUGAUAGAUAUGAUGGCUCUAACCCAGUCCCAUGAUAGAUAUGAUGGCUCUAACCCAGUCCCAUGAUAGAUAUGAUGGCUUUAACCCAGUCCCAUGAUAGAUAUGAUGGCUCUAACCCAGUCCCAUGAUAGAUAUGAUGGCUUUAACCAAGUCCCAUGAUAGAUAUGAUGGCUCUAACCCAGUCCCGUGAUAGAUAUGAUGGCUCUAACCCAGUCCCAUGAUAGAUAUGAUGGCUUUAAUUAACCCAGUCCCAUGAUAGAUAUGAUGGCUUCAAUUAACCCAGUCCCAUGAUAGAUAUGAUGGCUUUAAUUAACCCAGUCCCAUGAUAGAUAUGAUGGCUUUAAUUAACCCAGUCCCAUGAUAGAUAUGAUGGCUUUAAUUAACCCAGUCCCAUGAUAGAUAUGAUGGCUCUAACCCAGUCCCGUGAUAGAUAUGAUGGCUCUAACCCAGUCCCAUGAUAGAUAUGAUGGCUCUAACUCAGUCCCAUGAUAGAUAUGAUGGCUCUAACUCAGUCCCAUGAUAGAUAUGAUGGCUCUAACUCAGUCCCAUGAUAGAUAUGAUGGCUCUAACUCAGUCCCAUGAUAGAUAUGAUGGCUCUAACCCAGUCUCAUGAUAGAUAUGAUGGCUCUAACUCAGUCCCAUGAUAGAUAUGAUGGCUUUAACCCAGUCCCAUGACAGAUAUGAUGACUUUAACCCAGUCCCAUGAUAGAUAUGAUUGCUUUAACCCAGUCCCAAGAAAGACAUGAUGGCUCUAACUCAGUCCCAUGAUAGAUAUGAUGGCUCUAACCCAGUCCCAUGAUAGAUAUGAUGGCUCUAACCCAGUCUCAUGAUAGACAUGAUGGCUCUAACUCAGUCCCAUGAUAGAUAUGAUGGCUCUAACCCAGUCCCAUGAUAGAUAUGAUGGCUCUAACCCAGUCCCAUGAUAGAUAUGAUGGCUUUAACCCAGUCCCAUGAUAGAUAUGAUGGCUCUAACCCAGUCUCAUGAUAGAUAUGAUGGCUCUAACUCAGUCCCAUGAUAUAUAUGAUGGCUCUAACCCAGUCCCAUGAUAGAUAUGAUGGCUUUAACCCAGUCCCGUGAUAGAUAUGAUGCCUCAACAAAUGUUUAUGCUAAAGACUAGCUAGUCUCUCCUCCUCUCCUCUGCUCUGUCCCUUCUGGUUGUAGUACACAGACUGCAUGUGGAUCUAUCUCUCUGUCUCUCUUUCACUCUCUCUCUCUCUCUCUCUCUCUCUGUCUCUCUCUCUCUUUGUCUCUCUCUGUCUCUCUCGCUCUCACAAACUCCGACUCUAAUUACGAAACCCUGUCUAUCGUGUUAUGCAUGAGAUAACUGAGAACUGCUGGUACACUGCUUUGCUUUGGUUCAUGCGCGUCACGCAAUGCUAAAGCUGUUUAGAAUUCAAGAGGGAUUAGGGAAGGUAAUUUCUGAGAUAGUCUGCGAGAUAUUUUCACAGAGUGCAAAUUUCAGUUGUGUUGUUAUAUACAGUGACUGUCUUGUGAUGUUUUGUUUUCCAUGAUUUUCUUUGAGAAACAGAAUUUCACAAUUACUGUCAUUACUUCCUAAGCAUGUCAUUCCUGUUGAUGGUACACUGUCUUUCAUUGGUUGAAUAUGUUUUUCCUCCAAUGAUAGUGAUGUUGUUGAUAUGCACUCUGAAUCUACAAAUUCUCUUCACAUCAAUGUAUAAAUGUUAUGCUCAGCUCUAUGUGACAGUCAGUAUUUUGCAGUAACUUUCAUUGUAAAUAUGUGGAAGAUCUUGUUUUUUACUUGCAUGUAUAUUUUUUAAAUGUGUAUAUUGUGCUUGAUUUGAUACAAAUAUUGAUAUUUGCUUAUGGUCAUAGGAGUGAAUUUGGUCCCUCAAUCUCUAUUAGGUCCUCAUACUUGUCAGUAAUCCAAGUGUUACAGCAGUAGUUCUUGUAGUAAAGAGUAAUAAUUUCAACAAGGAACCAACUGUCCGGACAGUAUAUUUGCAUAUUUGUAAAUCAUCAAUAAAUCUGUGAUGUGCUA